AUGUACGCUAUGUCGCUUAUCAUCGCCUCCUCUCUGCUUGCCAUCGCCACUGCACAGUACGUGGUGCCCCCAGCCGGUCCGGCAUGCACUCCUUCAUGUGUGGGAGGAGGAAUGUGUUAUGCAGGUGCUUGUCAGUGCCCUCAACCAGCUGUAGUAUAUAGCCCUGUAGUGGGUUGCUCUCCACCUGUGCCAGUAGCGCCAGUAGCGCCAGUACCAAUGGCACCAGCGCCAGUAGUCACUGGUCGGCUGAUCCCGCAGGCUCUUCCCGGCUCUCCCUGUGAACCAGGUGUUGAGUGCACCGGUGGUUCUGUCUGUUCGUUGGGUGUUUGCCUCUGUCCACCAGAGCUCAUACAAGAGGGUACUGUCUGCGUGAGUCGUACAGUCUACAGUGUCGUCCCACCUCCAGCAGUUGUGGUACCAACUGUACCAGUCGCACCAGCUGUACCCGUAGCCCCAGCUGUACCAGUUGCCCUUGGAGCACCGUGCUACACUCCGGCCACUCCAUGUGCACCGGGAGCGCUUUGCACCUCCGGUGUUUGCCAGUGCUCUCCAGCUUACACUCCCACUGCCAGUGGAUGUAUACUCAGAAAACACCGAUGGAACGAGGAUGAACCCAAAGUGCUUUUUUGUGAAGGAGACCGACUUUGCCCGAAAAAUGGAAGGCUGAGUAAGGGCCCACAAAUUGCGGACUGA